UCUCUGUCUCUGCGCAGGCGCCGCGCCGCGCUGACGUCAUCUCUGUACGUCGCCGUCCUGCCGCAUCAGUUUCUUCUGAUGUUAUGAUGGACAAACACUACAAAUCUUCACUACUUCUUUGAUUUAUCACACAAACAGCGAUAUGGCGGAGGCAGAGGGCAUCAGCAGUGCCACUCCUACAGAGGAGAUAAACGGCGCCGGGAACCUGAUGGACUUCUUGGACGAGCCGUUCCCAGACGUUGGCACUUACGAGGACUUUCACACCAUCGACUGGCUGAGAGAGAAAUCCAGGGACACGGACAGACACCGGAAGAUCACCUGUAAGAGUAAAGAGUCCAUCUGGGAGUUCAUUAAGAGUUUGCUGGACGCCUGGUCAGGAUGGCUGGUGAUGCUGCUGAUUGGUCUGCUGUCAGGCACGCUGGCCGGAGUGAUCGAUCUGGCUGUUGAUUGGAUGACGGAUCUGAAGGAAGGCGUGUGUCUGUCUGCGCUCUGGUACAGUCAUGAACAGUGCUGCUGGACGUCCAAUGAGACCACCUUCGCUGACAGAGACAAAUGUCCUCAGUGGCAGAAAUGGGCUGAACUGAUGACGGGAUACACUGAGGGCGCAGGUGUGUACUUGCUGAACUACUUCCUGUACGUGCUGUGGGCGCUCUUCUUCUCCUUCCUGGCCGUGUCUCUGGUGCGAGUGUUCGCUCCGUACGCCUGCGGAUCAGGAAUACCAGAGAUAAAGACGAUCCUGAGCGGCUUCAUCAUCCGCGGGUAUCUGGGCAAGUGGACGCUGCUCAUAAAGACGGUGACUCUGGUGCUGGCCGUGUCGUCUGGGCUCAGUCUGGGGAAGGAAGGGCCGCUCGUGCACGUCGCCUGCUGCUGCGGAAACCUGUUCUGCAGCCUCUUCUCCAAAUACAGCAAGAACGAGGGCAAACGCAGAGAGGUUUUGUCGGCAGCUGCGGCCGCAGGAGUGUCAGUUGCGUUCGGAGCUCCAAUCGGAGGAGUUCUGUUCAGUCUGGAGGAGGUGAGUUAUUAUUUCCCUCUGAAGACGUUAUGGCGGUCUUUCUUCGCGGCACUGGUGGCGGCUUUCACGCUGCGCUCCAUCAACCCGUUCGGCAACAACCGUCUGGUUCUGUUCUACGUGGAGUACCACACGCCGUGGUACAUGGCCGAGCUGGUGCCGUUCAUCCUGCUGGGUGUGUUCGGGGGCCUCUGGGGGACGCUCUUCAUCCGCUGCAACAUCGCUUGGUGCCGGCGGCGCAAGACCACGCGGCUGGGCAAGUACCCGGUGCUGGAGGUGAUCGUGGUGACGGGGAUCACGGCCGUCCUGGCCUUCCCCAACCCCUACACGCGGCGCAGCACCAGCGAGCUGAUCUCAGAGCUGUUCAACGACUGCGGCGCGCUCGAGUCCUCGCAGCUCUGCGAUUACAUCAACAACCCUAACAUGACCCGGCCCGUGGACGACAUCCCCGACAGACCCGCCGGCCCCGGCGUCUACAGCGCCCUCUGGCAGCUCACGCUGGCCCUCGUCUUCAAGAUCGUCAUCACCAUCUUUACAUUCGGAAUGAAGAUCCCGUCGGGUCUGUUCAUCCCCAGUAUGGCGGUGGGUGCCAUCGCCGGUCGUAUCGUGGGCAUCGCGGUGGAGCAGAUGGCGUAUCAUCAUCACGACUGGAUCAUCUUUAAGAACUGGUGUCGUCCGGGCGCAGACUGCGUCACUCCGGGUCUGUACGCUAUGGUCGGCGCCGCCGCGUGUUUGGGCGGCGUGACGCGGAUGACGGUGUCUCUGGUGGUCAUCAUGUUCGAGCUGACCGGGGGUCUGGAGUACAUCGUUCCUCUGAUGGCGGCGGCCGUCACCAGUAAAUGGGUGGCCGAUGCGUUCGGGAAGGAGGGCAUUUACGAAGCUCACAUCCAGCUCAACGGCUACCCGUACCUGGACCAGGACGAGUUCACGCACCGCACGCUGGCCACCGACGUGAUGCGUCCGCGCCGCAACGAGCCUCCGCUGGCCGUCCUCACGCAGGACAGCACCACGGUGGAGGACGUGGAGACGCUCAUCAAAGACACCGACUACAACGGCUUCCCUGUGGCCUCAUCCCAAACAACACUAAGACACACACCAUUUUUUAAUUCCGGUGAUGUUGUGUGUGUGUGUUUCUCAGAGAACGCGCGUCAGAAGCAGGACGGGGUCGUCAGUAACUCUGUGGUGUAUUUCACUGAAGACGCUCCGCAGAUUCCUGCGUCCAACCCUCAGCCGCUCAAACUCAGACGCAUCCUGAACCUCAGUCCCUUCACCGUCACUGACCACACGCCCAUGGAGACGGUGGUGGACAUCUUCCGCAAGCUGGGCCUGCGCCAGUGUCUGGUCACACGCAGCGGACGUUUGCUGGGAAUCAUUACUAAGAAGGAUGUUCUGCGACACAUGGCACAUAUGAUGAACCAGGAUCCCGAAUCCAUCAUGUUCAACUGAAGCUGUACACACCGCACAACGUCUGAUCUCUUACUAAACACACUAGAACUGAACAUACGCCAGUGUUUUUUACCAUGUUUUUAUUUUACGUGCAUUACUUCAAGCCGUGAUGAUCAACUGUUACACUUGCAUCUGACAGGUUUUCCUGCGACGCUGGAUGUGAAAUGUGCAGACGAGGGUCGUUUCUUCAGUACGCCACGUCUUAAAUGCAGAAGGUCAAAAUGGGAAAGAAUAAUUCAGAAUACUAAUCUGUUUUGUCCAACACUACGUAAUCAUUUCUGUUUUGUUAUUAUUUAUUAAUUUAAUGUGAAUGUUAGUUUUAAGCUUCAAGAAUGGUGAGUUUUUGCCGUCGUAUUGAAACAUGAAUAUUGUCUUGUAAAAUAAACACUGCAUCUCUGUUACAGAUAUUAAUGUUCUGCACAUAAAACUGAUGGUAUGUUAUAAAAAUAAAAAAUACUAUUAUUAUUAA